AUGCCGGCUUCAACUGUGUCAAACCCUUGCUCUCGCUGCAAGGCAGAAGACGCACCUUUCCAGCUCCGAACCAAGCCAACAUGCGGAAAUUGCUUCACCGAGUAUAUUGAAACAAAGUUUGUCAAGCGGCUGGCCUACCUUCACAAGGAAGUUCGCACCUCCAGCCAUCUAGAGCCACGGAGGUAUGUAGCUGGCCUAUCAUUCGGCCCAUCAUCAAGUGCCUUGGUCCAUCUCCUCGACGGAUACACCCGCAAGCAAAGCAAGAAGAAAUCAAGCUCGGCAUUCGAAAUCCUUGCUGUGCAUGUCGAUACAGACUUAUCUUGUUCACCAGAACGCCAGGAUACGCCUGCGCAGGCGCUGAUGCGCAACUACAGCGCCAAGUAUACCCAGCUUUCGUUCCGGUGUGUGCACCUCAGCAAAGUUCUAGAUGCUCAAACGGUAGACUGGUCGGCCCUCCCUCUCCCUAAGUCUGAGGAUGGCUGUUCAGAACCUUCAAUGCGCCUACAGCAGAUGUUCGAGAAGCUGCCAUCAGUGAGCUCGAGAGCAGAUGUCCUGCGUCUCCUCGUACGGCACCUUCUGCUAGACAUUGCCAUGCAAGAUCUCCACUACAACACUCUUCUCCUUGGCCACACUACUACCGCUCUCGCAGCCCUCUCCCUGUGCGAGGUGGCCAACGGGCGAGGAUUUGCCAUCCCCUGGCAGGUCAACGACGGCCGCUUCCCGGUCACGAUCUACGACCCGGCGUCAGGCGCUGAAGUAAAGCGGACUACUUACCCGAUACACUAUCCCUUGCGAGAGCUGUUCAAAGGGGAGAUCGACACGUACAUCAGUGUGUUCCCAGAGAUUGCCGCCCUAAACCCAUCCAAUGUUAAUGGAGCAACUCCGACUGUUGUCUCUCACAAAGACACGAGCAUUGAGGAGGUCAUGGCCCGUUACUUUGAGAGCGUCGAGACGCCAUAUGCCGGGAUUGUGGCCAAUGUUGUGCGAACGACGGGUAAACUCGACAGAGCUAACGCCAGUGGCCCUUCGUGUGGGUUGUGCGGAGUUGUGCUGGAUGAGCGCGGCGACUCCAGAUGGGCAGGAGAGAUGGGCGACGACUAUAACCCCGAUGGUGAACCUCGCUUGGCCAGGUUAUGCUAUGGCUGCAAGCGGUCUGUGAAUGGAUAA